AUGAGGCUAAGUAUUGGGCAAGUCCAUCGAAAUGUUCUUGCGCUGGCAUCUUCCCGGUCAUGUUUUGUUCUGGGAGAUCGUCUUUCGUUCAGGAUGCUGUCACAACCACGGGUAGCUGGAUUUCAUCAGACUGCUUGGCGUGGUAGUCAAAUUUUAGAAGAUAGCAGGGGAGGACCAUUAACUCUUGCUAGCCUAGAAGUGCAAAGCAGGGUUGGAUAUGGGAAGAAGGAAAAAAUGGCACGAACUGGAGGUCCAAAGCCAAGUUCAAGAGCUUCUUCCCUCAAUGUGAAACCAAAGGUUUCUUCGAAUGUCAAACCAGCAAAGAGUUCCUUGAUGAAGUCAGCUGGGAUAAAGAAGACACUGAAGGUAGAUGAGGCUCUGUUUUCGGCCAAGUCAUUUGAAGAGCUUGGUUUGCCACCUUUGCUUGUUGACCAGUUGAACAAGGAAGGUCUGACUGCCCCAACUGAGGUCCAAUCCGCUGCUAUUCCUAUAAUAGCACAAAAGCAUGAUGUGGUGAUCCAAUCAUAUACUGGCUCAGGGAAAACUCUUGCUUAUCUUCUUCCAAUUCUUUCUGAGAUAGGCCCCCUGAAGAGGACUAUGGAACAAGAUAAUUCUGAGAAAAGAUCAGGUGUAGAAGCAGUUAUUGUUGCUCCUUCCAGAGAAUUAGGAAUGCAGAUUGUGCGAGAAGUGGAGAAGAUUUUGGGUCCUAGUGAUAAAAGACUGGUCCAGCAACUUGUUGGCGGAGCUAAUCGUUCCAGGCAAGAAGAAGCAUUGAAGAAGAACAAGCCAAUCAUUGUUGUUGGAACACCUGGCCGUAUUUCCGAAAUUUCAGCAGCAGGUAAGCUACACACCCAUGGCUGCCGUUUUCUUGUACUGGAUGAAGUCGACCAGCUUUUGUCUUUUAAUUACCGUGAAGAUAUGCAUAGAAUUUUGGAGCAUGUUGGAAGGAGAUCUGGUGCCACAUCUAGGGAUGUUCUUGGCCCACUUGCUAGGCGAUCUGAGCGUCGGACUAUCUUGGUUUCUGCAACAAUACCAUUUUCAGUUAUACGAGCAGCAAGGAGUUGGGGUCAUGAUCCAGUUCUCAUUAGAGCUAAGAGUGUAGUUCCACUUGAUUCAAUCACUGUCCCAAGACCUGCGUUAUCCCAAAGUGAUGCUAACCCCACCUCUCCAUCACAGUCAGUGAACCAAGCUGCUGUUGGCAGUUUGCCACCAUCUUUGGAACACUACUAUUGUACAGCCAAGGCGCAACACAAGGUUGACACAUUACGGAGAUGCAUCCAUGCCUUGGAAGCACAGACAGUGAUUGCAUUUAUGAACAACACCAAGCCACUGAAGGAUGUUGUAUUUAAGUUGGAGGCCCGCGGUAUCAAAGCCACUGAGCUACAUGGAGAUCUUGGAAAGCUUGCAAGGUCUACAGUUUUGAAAAAGUUCAAGGAUGGUGAAUUCAGAGUUCUCGUUACAAAUGAGCUGUCUGCCAGAGGGCUGGACGUGCCAGAAUGUGACCUUGUGGUUAAUCUGGACCUUCCAACUGACUCCACACAUUAUGCCCACAGAGCUGGGAGAACUGGACGUCUUGGGAGGAAAGGGAUUGUGGUUACAAUAUGCGAAGAAAACGAGGGAUUUGUUGUAAGAAAAAUGCGCAAGCAGUUAGCUGUGGCCAUCAAGCCAUGCGAGUUCACUGAAGGCGAGCUUGUUGUUCACAAGGAGGAAGAUGUGGAAUAA